UGGGGUAUUUUCAAGAUGGCGCUGGACCGUGGCCGGAGAGCCGCUCUGCUGCAGCAGACAGAUAAACCGUUCAGGGGAUUUCAUUAAUCUUCCAGCCGGCUGGCGACGUUAAAAACUCGCUAAAACGGAUUAAUAUAGUUGUUUUAAGAACACCAGAUAUGAUUAUGUUCCAACCUAUGAGUGUCUGGUGAACGUUUUUAAUGGCUAAAAUGGUAGUGGUAGCCCCUUCCUCCAAGAACAACACAACCUGCUGCUGCGGAGCCGCCGGCGGUUCGACCGGGCAGGAGGAGGAAAUCACGCCCGAGGAGGAGGCUCGCUCGACGGCCUGAGCUCAUGGAGACGAUGGAGGAGAACGGAGGGUCGUUUGUUGUUGAUUUGAACGAGAACGAAGAAGAGGAAGGAGGAGGAACGAGAGGUUAUAAAUCCUCACUCAAAGAGCAGCUAGCCGGUGUCAGCGGUGUUUAUGUGACCGGUAACCGGAGGAACGCCCCGGUACAACCGCCCACACAGCAGAGCCAGAGGGACAUCAUGUUGGAUCUAGUGGCGGCGGCGGAGGAGAAGAAGUAUCUCCCCGGCGACCACGGCGGCCUGAACGGAUUCACUGAGUCAUUCAACCGGGAGGAGGUCGGAGGAGGAGAAGAAGGAGGAGGUGCUUCUUGUCCAGCUGUGCUCCUCGGUGGUCCGGUUUCAGUGGAGAUGAGGCAAAACCCGGUGGGAGAGAGCGAAGGAGAAGGGGAAACCCCGGAUUCAGACGACGUUACCCCGCCUGGAGAAGAGGCCACUAGCGGCGGCUGCAUCAGGACUUUUCUCCCGCUUGAUCGACUGCCAUGCACGGGGAAACACCAGAGGAACUGCGCCUGCACCACCACAACUACCACAGCCAAGGCCCUCCAGCAUCCAGCUGUAAACAUGCCCAACGGGGAUGUUGACAGCCCCAGCUCUGCGGGGUAUUUCGGACAGAAAGGGGUGCUUUCCAGCCCGGUGCUCCUGGGACAGAGGCUGUGUUUAUGCAACGUGGACGUGGAGGAAGUGAAAGUCGCCAACGGUGGUUUGCACAUCGUGACCACCGCCAGAGCAACAUGUGACUGGCACGACUCGGACUAUCCUGCAGAAACAAACACAGACAUUAACUUUGACUUUGGGUCAAAGCAAGAAAAUAGAGCUGGGACAUUGGUGUCUCAGUGCCCGGAGGAGGAAGCUCCUGCUGCGGCAGAGCUCCCUGACUUCCUCGCCCCCUCCAAGGACUCCUCCACCCUGGGAUCAAGUGCCAAACUCCCCUCACCUUCACCUUCCUCCAACGGUGAUGACAGCCCUCUCUCUGAACCCAUCAUCAUCAUCAGGGAGGAUGAUGAGGAGGACUUCAGUGACCUCAGUUUGCCCGUCAGGCCGCAGAGUUUGAGGACUAACCCCAACAUUGUGGUGUCCCUCAGCUGUGAUGCCACCCCGUUGUCCCACGACGAGGAUGAUGGAGGGUUUUAUUUUGGAGACGAGGAGGACUUCAGGAACGUGUUGGAGGCUGGUCGCAGGCAGAGCGCCCCGGACAACCUGGCCGAGCAGACAGACAGCUCGGACCCCAAGCUGAUGCCAAAGAGGUUCGGCAUCGCUGAUUUCUUCACCAGGAGCCUGUUUUCUAGGAAAUCCAAAGAGCCCAAGGCAACGUCCCAUAAUGCAACAGGGUGGCGACUGUUUGGCAAGCCGGCAUCCAGAGAGGACGAUCCAACUGCAGACCCCGACUCCACAUCGUCCACACAGCAGGAGGAGGAGGAGGAGGAGGAGCAGCAGGAUCAGGACCCGGGUGUGUCCUCGUGUCCUCAGCUUCCCCCGGCUGCAGGGAGGAGGAAGAACCUGGAGUUUGAACCUCUUUCCACCACAGCUCUCAUUCUGGAGGACCGGCCAUCGAACCUACCUGCCAAAUCUCUGGAGGAGACUCAGAGACACAAAAUGGAGUACGAUGAGAUGGUCGCGGGAGCCAAGAGGAGAGAGAUGAAGGAAGCCCAGAGGAAGAAGCGUCAGAUGAAGGAGAGGCACAGACAGGAGGACAUCAUCUCCAACGCCAUGGUCGUCUGGAACACCGAGAUCCUGCCGCACUGGGACACUAUGAAGGCAACGAGGCGGGUCAGGGAGCUCUGGUGGCAGGGACUUCCUCCCAGUGUCAGAGGAGGAGUGUGGAGCCUCGCCAUCGGCAACGAGCUCAACAUCACACCAGAGCUGUAUGAGAUCUUCCUGUCCAGAGCCAAAGAGAAGUGGAGGAGUUACAGUGAAACCAGUUCAGUCAACGACAGUGAGAGUGACGGAGGGGCGUCUCUGGCUGACAGAGAGUCCAGUCUGGACCUCAUCAAACUGGACAUUUCCAGAACCUUCCCCUCGCUCUUCAUCUUCCAGAAGGGUGGUCCCUACCACGACCUUCUCCACAGUGUACUGGGGGCUUACACCUGUUACCGACCUGACAUUGGCUACGUCCAGGGCAUGUCAUUCAUCGCUGCUGUGCUGAUCCUCAACCUGGAGGAGGCCGAAGCCUUCAUCACCUUCGCCAACCUGCUCAAUAAACCCUGUCAGAUGGCCUUCUUCAGAGUCGACCACGAACUGAUGCUGAAGUAUUUUGCAGCCUUUGAGGUUUUCUUUGACGAGAAUCUGCCUCGUCUCUUCAGCCACUUCCAAAACAACAACCUGACCCCUGACCUCUAUCUGAUCGACUGGAUCUUCACUCUGUACAGUAAGUCUCUCCCUCUGGACGUGGCGUGUCGGGUGUGGGACGUCUUCUGCAGGGACGGGGAGGAGAGUUUGUUUCGAACGGGGCUCGGUAUCCUGCGACUGUUCGAGGACGUCCUGCUCCAGAUGGACUUCAUCCACAUUGCUCAGUUCCUCACCCGCCUGCCGGAGGACCUACAGGCACACAACCUCUUCACCGCCAUGGCCAACACACACAUGAUCAGCAGGAACCGCCGCUGGGCUCAGGUGUUUACUGCAUUGAUGAAGGAGGGAAAUAAAGAGAUGGACAAAAACACCAGCCCGGCUUUGAGAAGCUAACACUAGCCAACCUUGACGCUAACGCCACCUUUCUUCAAACUAAUCGUGAAACGCGAGCUGUGAAGGCUUGAAGCUCACGCUAGCUCGCCAUGUCAGCAACAUCGGAGGCUAGCUGUGAAGCUUGAAGCUACGUAGCCUGAAGCUAAACUCUCACCCUCUCAGAGGCGUCGCUACGAAGCUUGAAGUGAACACGAGCCAGCUGUGGAGGUGGAAGCUGACAGCAGACUUUUGGGCAAGCGACGAUCUGUGAUGGAGCCAGAGCGGGAAACCAAAGUGGGUAGUUAAUUCUUAACUUCAGUAGCCGUUGUCAGUAUUUCAACAGACAGAUUUCGGAGAAGCGACUGGUUGUUUUAGCAGCAGUGUCGCUACUCUACCAGCCUAUUAAAGCUGGAUAAUUCAAACUGACUGUCAGAUAAUAUUCUGUGUUAUUUCCCCCGCCGGCUGGGACACCACUAACACCGAGCAUUGCGCCCCGUGUAAUUCUCCUAAAAGGCUCAAAUUCUAAUUUUCGGUGCUAACGAUUUUUCUAAAGGCUUCAAAAAUUACGUCUGUGGUUUAAUAAUUAAAUGUAGGUCCUUGUAGGUUUUGAUUUCACACUAUUAUUACUUUGCCGCAUUUAAAGCUUGAACUCUGGAUCUAAAAACGAUGGGAAGCUGCAGUAGCAUGGCUGAUGCUGAUAUACUGGUUGUAGCGGAUAAAUUAGCCUCCCACUAGCUUUUUGAAAUAUUCAUCUGUAGGCAAAAUAAAAGGAAUCAUUUUGUACAAUGUAGUCUUCCUAAUAAUUACUAAGGAAUCAAAUAAUACACAUCUCAUCAGUGAUCCUAAUCAAGUACAAGCAGACUAAAUAUUUUGUGAUUUUGAUGUUUUUACAGGAAAUGAAUUAUUCCAUGGUCCACUGGGCUCAAGAAGUCUCUUUCUACAUGUGUUAAAUACUUUAAAAUAUUAUCGUUAAUAUCAAAAUCAAACUGUAAAUGGGCGGAAAUUAAUUAUUGAUUGUGGAUGUAGAAAUUCACUAUCACUGUUGGUGUUCAAUCGGACAGAUUUUUAGAUGUUUCACAGUAAAAAAAUCUCUAGAUUGUGCUAGUAAUUAAUCGACAUGAAUUCAUGAAAUGUGGAUUGGAGCUAAAAAGACACGUGUCAGCUUUUGUGUUGUUUCGGUCAAAAUUAUCAACACGUUCUCAUCCCAACUCGUCAAAUACUGACGCUUUGUCAGACCCCUCGGCAACACUUUUCGGUAAACACGUGCUUAAUGUCGUGAAUUAAACAAACACUUGCUUAGGUUUAGGCAACAAAACCACUUAGUUAGGUUUAGGAAAAUACCACAUGGUUGGGCUUAAAAUUACUACUUUUGUACGAUAAAAAUGUGACUUGACGUGAACACGGGGCACGAAUGAACAGCUGAUUGUAGCUUUAAAGUGAAGCAUAGCGCACGGGACACGAACAGCGGUCAAAGCGUCAGUAUUUGAUUUCCUGGGAAUGAGAACGAGCUGAAGUUACCAAUGAAAAUCUUGUGGAAGAACCACAGUGAGCUGACAGUAAAUGUAGGAGCGUGGGGGCCAUCGCAGUUUUCAAUCAGUGUUUCAAGGAUCCAGAUUUAUCCGAGCACUUUAUAGAUGCAGCACUGAAGCUACAUCACGAACACAAAACUACACAGAACGAGCUCAAACUAAAUGAACGGGGCAUUAAGUGCCUCACUGUUUCCCUCUCUCAGUGGUUAGAGGGAAUUAAACAAGACGACCAAGAUUGCUAGAUUAGAUAGAAACAUGUAGGCAAAACAUCACGCAGAUACCGGAGCAACAAUACUGGCUUGGCUUUUAGCUUUUACUAGUUUCAGCUUGAGAAUGGAGCUUUUUAGUCUUUGCAGCAGAACUUUUUCUCACUUGUUCCAAAAGAAAUUUCAGCAGGAGACUGGAAGUUUAUAUCGAUGAACUUAAAAACUGCCUGCACACGUUACAGCAUUACGUAUUUUUACAAACUUGCCUGAGAGAUACUUCAUUUUAACAUCAGAAUAUCUUCCUCUAGAACUUCAGAUUUUGCCUCGACAUAACUCUUCACAUGCUAAAAUACUACCCCCUCACUGUUUAUUGGCUUAACUGCAAAUUGCACACACAUAUAAUAACUCCAACUGGAACAAUAAGCCAAUUAAUCAAUUAGUUGAUCAACAGCUAUUUUGAUAAUUGAUUCAUAGUAACAGUGUCUGAAUCCAGCUUCUUAUAUGUGACGUUUUUUUACUUUUCUUUACAUGAUAUAAUUGUAAAUUUAAUUUGGACUGUUGGUCGGACAAAACAAGACAUCUCUCUGUGAAAUUAGACUUUUAAAAAUAUUUUCUUACAUUUUAUAGAUGAUAUAAUUAUGGCUGCAACUAACGAUUAUUGUUAUUAUCGAUGAUUAUUUUCUUGAUUAAUCGCUUGCUCCUAGAAAAAUGUCAGAACAAUGUCAGAAAAUAGUGGAUUACAAUUUCAUAGAGCACAAAGAAAUGCUUGUUUUGUUCGACCAACAGUCUAAAACCCAACAAUAUAUUCAGUUUAAUAUCGGAAAAGUCUAAAAAAAAACAGCAAAUAUUCACAUUUGAGAAGUUCGAACCAGCUAAAUUUUGACAUUUUUGCUUAAAAACAAUGAAUUAAUUGUCCGAAUAGCUGCAGAUCAAUUCCUUUUAGAGCUGAAACAAUUAGUCAAUUAACAGAAAAUGAAUCCAUUAAUUGAGAAAAUAGUAUACAGAUUAAUUGAUAAUAAAAAUAAUCAUUAGUCACAACCAUGUACGACGCGUUAACUUCUAAAGGAGGCACAUACGUGUGGUAGCCAUCAUGUGUCAUUAAAAGCAAGUAUAUACUUAAGUGCUCUAAAAUAAUGACAACAGCAACAAAAAUGGAGUUAAUCUCUCUGUGCUAGAAGCCCCGAGUGAUUCCAUGUGUUAAAUCUGGAUUAUAAUCUUAAAGAGGCAAUACGUCGCCUCGUCAGGUCCUGCUGCCUGUUGAAGUGCUUUACAUCACCUCCGUUUUCCGCUUCUGUCACUUUAUGUUCAACACUCCUUUGAUUUAUACACACACUAUAAAUGUAACCUUCACCUCCAUUUCAUCCCUACCUCUCAAUAACACACACACACACACACACACACACACACACACACACACAUUACUAAUGACGAAUACUUUCCACUUACCCACCAGCAAAUGAGCAGGCCUUAAAAGCUUGGACCAAGCAGCCACUUUGUAGUGUUUUCCGUGUGAACUACGGCUGCAGCUUUUUUCCGGUUGGUAAAGCAGGAAACUCACUGGAGACGACUAGCAACCCUGGAGGAAGAGGAGAGGGAGGGAGAGAAAUAGUUAUUGUUAUUAUCAAGCUAUUUUUCUUUCCUCUUCAUGAUAACUACCCAGUUUCUUCUUCAUUAUUUAUUUCAAACAAACCAGAAAGAAAAAUAACAGAGACAGCGAGCGAUUGCUGCAGCAAAUUGUAAAUUAACUGAUUGGAGAGUAUCACAUGUUAAUACUUUUAGAAGACAAUAAAACUUAAUUAAACGACAAAAGUUUGAGCAAAGACAGUGAGAGGUGUUGAGGGUCAGAACGUCUCUCAGCCAACCUCUUACGGACCUCCAGGCUGCCUCUUUUCUGGUGAGUUUUUCUGCGUCGUACCCGUGUUACACCAAAAUGACUCCAUAAAUAAGGGUUUGUUGUUCUACAUCAACCAACCAGAAGCCAGUGUGCACGUGUCCAAGUUGGUAUCAGUGUUGUUUUUUGGGGGGGGGGAAACUCACCAUCGAGCUGUAUUGUUUGUGUUGAUGUUUGUAUGAACUGCCAAACGCUGCGUUCAUUGAAUCACAUGGUCUAGAUUCAGUGGAGGUGAUUUAGAUAUUUUUUUGCUUUGAGGUAAAAAAUACAGAUUGCUUUAAGCUCCUUCAGCUAUUUAGGAAGUUAACUAAGGAAGUUGUGUGUGUGUUUUCAAAAAUAAAACUUGACCAAAGUGUUAAUCAAUGAUGGAGACUGAGAAUUAAAUCAGAUUAUUUUAAGUCAGUAAACAUAAUAAAUACAUAAUAAACACGUAUGACAAAUUUAAAGAUAAAAAUGUGCAGUUUUCACUCACAUUGCAUUGGUUCCUCAGUUUAAAAUUAGCACUUUCUCAUUUACUCUCAAAACACCUCCAGUGGAUCUACACACUUCUGUUUCAGUGAAUAAUAAUGAAUCAGAGAAAGGCAAUAUAAAAUAAUUAGCACUUUGUGAACAUGAGCUGUUUUCUUUAACAGGUACACUAAUUACACUGAGCGCAAUGACGCUCAAUAAUGAACUUGCAGUAAGAUGCAAAGAAACAGACUUGUUAAUGAAGUCAUUUCCCAUUAAGAUAAUGAAUUAAUGAACAGGUUUCCAUUAAUCCACCUUAAAUCUGGUCUCCUAACACAAACCAGAUGUGACCAGUGUGACUCCUGUGGUUGAUUUUUGUAUGAAAACACUUUUUUGAAUUCUUAUUUUCAACACAUCUGUGAGUUUGGGUGCAACGCGUCUUUUAAAAUUGUGUGUCAACAGCCUGGUUUAUUAAAGCUAUUUCCAAUUUUCAGUUUGUCUCAUGGAUUCCCGAGAAGGUUUUCUAAUCCUAAAAAUAAUCUCAACCCUUAAAAUUGGACUUUAAAAUAGCUAAAAUUGGAGUUACAUGGUUCUUAAACCACAAUGAUAUCCAUUUGAAACCCAGAAAUCCUCAAUCUGCAUCAAAAACAUUAUUUUUCAUAUUAAAUAAAGACCAAAAAUCAAGCUUAAGAUCCCCAAAUGGAAAAAAAAUUGUAGGUUUAAACACCUUUAAUUUAUUUUAUGGUCUUUUUUUAAGGCUGAUCCAGAUAUGUUUAGAUUGAUCCUGUCGACCGUUAAGGUUUUGUUCCAGUAUUAAUAUGUAUUAUACGCUAUCGGAAUUGUUUGUUGUCAUGUCAUUUAAUUACAAAUAUUCAGUUUCUCUGAGCAUUUAUUGUCAGUGUCUAAAAAAUGUUUACACCAUAAUGGUUAAAAGUUCUAUAUACGGGAUUCAGAGCAUUAAUAUAGCAGCAAACAACUAUUUGCUAUGUACAGAUAUAGUGAAGUAAUGUCUAACGCACUGUCGCCGUUGUUUGCCCUGUUAGCACCGUUAACCGCUAGCUCAGCCGUCGCCAUGUUGAGAGCCGUGUGGAGGCAACAGAAAUGCUCUGAAUUCCGUAUACAGAACCGUCAACUAAAAACUAAACAUUAAGACGGAUUAAAUUAUUAGUGUUACACGACUGAGCAAACUAUAAAUUCAAAAUGUUUUCAGACUUUCUCAGUAUCCAUGCUCAGUAAUGAUCAUUCUGACUGGACAAACUGAAAUAAAAUAUCCGCUGUUGUCGGCAUAUAUUUAGUGUUGAGAAGUAACACCAUAUCCCAAACUAGACACACAGAUGUGUUGAUGAUGAAAGAGGCUACUCUCUGUGUGUGUUUGUACUCAUCUUCACUCUUUUAGACUCCUCGAUUUGGAAGAUAAAAGUGCAAUACGGUCUUGUUUUUAGGCAAGAGAUACAUAACAGUAAUUCAGCGUACUUACCCAGAAUCCUCAGCAGGUUGGCUUAACGUUCCCUCGUCUCACCUCACUCCAGAUCAUUGAUGAAAUAUUCAGACAGCUGCAGAGGGAAGAUGAGAUUAAUGUGAUAUUCCCCCCUCAUAUGUUCCAUGUAUUCAUUUUUAUUUAAGUUUCAUCAGCAUUCUCAGUUGUAUUUUAUACUUUCAUGUGGAUUCAUUUAGCUUUUUAUUUUAUGCGUUUUAUUAUUUUCUUGUCAAAUUUCAGUGUACAGUUUUUUUUUUUUUCAUAAUGCCUUACAGGUGAUGUAAAUAAACUGUAAAAAUGUUCUUUCUUUUCAUAUAAUGGCCACUAGUUGAAUGUGUAAAUAAAUAUCUCAGUAAACUAA